UUAAGAAUAAUUAUAGCACAAUUUUUUUUAUUAUUUAUUUAUUCAGAAGCAACUUAAUGAAUACUGUGGUUUCCGGUUAACAUAUUGCCAUUGUUUUGUGAUACUCUUCUGGUUUUAUGGCAUUUAUAUAUAUAUAUAUUUUUGACAAUCAUGGCAAUGAUGAGGAACUGACAUAUGUGACCCUGGACCACAAAACAAGUCUUAAGUGUAAAUUUUUCAAAAUUUAGAUUUAUAGAUCAUCUGAAAGCUGAAUAAAUUCGUUUUCCAAUGAUGUAAGGUUUAUUAGGAUCAGACAAUAUUUGGCCGAGAUACAACUAUUUGAAAAUCUGGGUGCAAAAAAAAAAAAUCAAAAUACUGAGAAAAUAGCCUUUGAAGUUGUCCAAAUGAAUUCGUAGAAAUGCAUAUUACUAACCAAAAAUUAAAUUUUGAUAUAUUUACAGUAGGAAAUUUACAAAAUCUCUUCAUGGAAAAUGAUCUUUACUUAAUAUCCUAAUGAUUUUAGGCAUAAAAGAAAUAUAAAUUUUUGACCCAUACAAUGCUUUUUUUUUUUUGGCUAUUGCUAAAAAUAUACCCCAGCGACUUAAGACUGGUUUUGUGGUCCAGGGUCACAAAUACUUGUGAAUAUUGGUGACAAAAUGUAAUAUGCAAUAUGUAGAACAACAGUAAAAAUAUUUAACUUAAAUGCAUUUCUGUUCAAAUUUAAGCUGUAUAUAAAACAGGUAUUAUUACAUAUAAUUAACUUUUAAAACUUUAUUUACAUGUGAUCUGUUUAGUGACCUACCCGAUGCAUUUUGUUUUUAAAUAUUGUUGACCUGAUAUUGAAGAACCAGUAGCUUCUUAUAAGGAAAAAUUAGAAUGACCGAGUCAUAUUUAAGCUUGUUUUGUGACAUUUCAGCUUUAAUUCUUUGGUCUUUUGUGCCGUCUUUAUAAAUUAUGUGGAGUGAAACUAAUGAGUGUGGCUUUGUUUUGCCACAGUUUGCACGCCAUGUAGCACUCAGCCCCCUCAUGUUAACACUGAUAACAUGCUGUAAGGACAUUUCACUUGCCAUCUGCCAUGGAAUAUCUGUUAUUUCACACUCAUCCUCCUGUCUUCCUUAAAACAUUUCCAUCCAUCCUCUUCCUGUCUGUCACUUCAUGGAGGUGUAGCAUGCAGCCUGAAUCAGCCCAAAACUCUUAUCAAUGCUUCAGUUUCGUAGUUCUAAAUGUUUGUCAUUAAAGACUUUUUUGGCAUAGUUGUCUUUUUCUUUUCUUUUUCAGUUUUGAGCUACAUUCCUGUAAAGGUUUAGGCCAUGGAGUCCUCUUCAGUGUACAUGUGCUUUCCCUGUUAUCGGGAGUUUCCCACACUGGAGGAAGUGCUCGCACAUCAGAUGACCUGCACUGCGGAGAAUCCACAACUGUUGCCCAAUGAGACGCCCAUCGAGGCUGCAGCCACCGCCGCCGGUCUGCCACAGGUGGCGAUGCAGGAUGUGUCAGUUAACCAGAUCCAGACUCAGACAGCUGUUGAUCUGUCAUCUCUGCUAGAACAGAAGAAAACUCUUCAGGUGGAUGCUCCACGUGUUCUGUACCAGUGCGCUGACUGUGAGGUUCUCUUUGAUGCUCUGUCACUGUGGCAGCAGCACCGCAAAAUGGGUUGUUGCCUUAAGACGGGACCGGGACCGGGACCUGGACCUGGAGGAGAGCAGAGUGUUGAAAGUGCUGCAACAGCAGCCCAAACGCUUCCUACCCAGACAGAAUAUCAGGACGUUGAGCAGUCACAGAAUUCACACGAACAGAUGGAGGUGAAAGAAGAGGGAAGGCAGGCUCAACUAAAGAUGGAGAGCACUAGGCAGGUAUUUGUGGCAGUUGGAGAGGUUUCUGGAAGAGUAGCGGUGCCUAAGGCCGUACAGAGAAACAGUGUCCCCAUAGAUCCUCAGGAAACUGUGUCUGUGGAGUCCUCAGCUGAAGAAAACAGUCCCGCCACAAGGCGCAGAGGGCAAAAAAAGGCCAAGCCCCCCUCCAGCCUGCUCUGCGUGGAGUGUGGGCAAAGCUUCAGCCUGGUUCCAGAGCUUGUGACUCACCGUAAGAAUCAGCAUGGCUUAAAGGAUGCCAUACACCGCUGCACGGUUUGUGGAGAGGGCUUCCUCAACACCACUCUUUUCCUCUAUCACCGAAAGCAGCACCGCUCCGAGGUGGAGGACAAGCCCAAGCAGGCUCAACCUGCCAUUCCUCAGCUCUCCACAGCCAUCCUAGAGGCCCCAGGUGAGGGUCUCUUGCUUUUAGCCACAGCCGGAGAAGGCCAGAGCCUAAUGGAGGUGACCACUCUGGAACAAACCAUAACUGAGACCCCUGUAGCACACGUGGAGGUUGAGCUGGACAAUGAUGGGAUGAGAGGAUCCGAGGCUCUCCAGAAUGAGCAGGAACCUGCCACGGAAGGCUCAGAGGUUUUGGUGGAGAAGAUCGUGGAGAUGGUGGAGGAGAGGAAUGAAGCAAACCAGGAAGAAGGUAUGGAGGUGGUCGUUGAUAAGAUGCAAGAAGAUGAGGAGAUGGAAAAGAGCGCUGUUGUUGAGGAGAUCCAAGGAGAGGUGGAAAGCAGCGCAGACAAGGAACCUGAAAAGGCUCUCUCUUUGAGCAAAGAAGGACUGAAUUUCCUCUGCCAUCAGUGCGGAUCUGUUUUCACCAGUGACCAGGAGUUGGCAGAGCACCGCAGAACCGAGCACGGCUUGGAGGCGGCGUUGCACACCUGCACAGAGUGUGGGGCUGACUUCAUGAGCACCACACAGUUCCUGUACCAUCGGCGAGAGCAUAAGAACGCAGCUGCGGGAGAUCCACCUGCUGGAGAAGUGAAAGGCAGGCUGUACCUUACUGAUGGGAAACACGGAGACAACGUGAACCUUGGACAACCAGCAGCAGACGGCACCAUUGAGGCUCCCGCCAAGCUGUGCCGCGACUGGUCACGCACUGCCCUGCCCCACGAGUGCCCACAUUGUGGGCAGGGCUUUACGCGGCGCAGCCGUCUGCGUGAGCAUGUGUUCCAGCACACAGGUGAGAAACUCUUCAACUGCAAAAUUUGCAAAAAGAGCUUCCCGUCUCCGUCCAACCUGCUACGUCACAACCUGACCCACGGAGGAUCCCGCAUAUUCAACUGUCCCCUCUGUGACAAGCGCUUCUUCCAGCCGACGUCACUCAAACGCCACAUGCUGAUUCACCAGGGGGGUGAAAGCCAGGAACGCAAGAUCAGAGGCAGAAGAAAAGGCAAGGGACAGUCGAGCGAUGGGGGUCUGCACAUCUGCCCAGAGUGCCCAGCCAGCUUCAAGUUUGAGUCCCAGCUGAAGAGUCACAGACUCCUACACACCAGCCAUCCCUUCCCUUGCAAUGUGUGCGGGGAGGCAUUUAUACGACGCAAAGAGCUGGACCUCCACUCUCUCAUCCACCAAGAUAAAGAGCCAAAGUCGUGUCCUAACUGCGGCUCUCAGUUCCUGAAUCAGACAGUGCUGGACACACACCUGCAGCGCUGCACAGGGGAGGACAAGGGCCGCCGCAGAUAUAAAGGUCAGGGAAGAGGCAAGGUGGGAGGUCAGCUGGAGUGCGAUAUGUGCGGCCACCGCUGCGUGACUCAGGAUGGUCUUGACCUGCAUCGCCUCUCCCACACGGGCCAGACGCCCCUGCGGUGCCCGCUCACCCCCUGCAGACGCCGCUUCGCCUCCAGCACUGCUCUAGGGGAGCAUCUCUUGGCCCACUGCUGUGGAGCAUUAGGCAAAAGAAAUGCCCCACGCCGAUUCACCUGUGACUUCUGCGGAAAAGAGUUUGCCUACGCGUCCACUUUCACUGUUCACAUGAGGACGCACACCAACGAGAGACCCUUUGAGUGCUCUCAUUGUGGGAAGCGUUUCCGGCAGCUUCCGCACCUGCAGGAUCACGAGCGCAUUCAUAGCGGCGAGCGUCCGUUCACGUGCUGGGUGUGCGGUAAAAGCUUCAGCGUAGCAGCGAGGUUAACUGAGCACGCUCGUGUGCACAGCGGCGAGCGGCCGUACAUCUGCCCUCGGUGUCCCACUGCCUUCCGCUCACGACCCAACCUCGACAAACACAUGCGUCAGCACGCCAACGACCCCGUGGAUCCUUCCGCACAGAACGCAGAUGAUGACGCAGCAGUGCAGACCAUCCUCUUAGUACAGGAGUCUUCUUCAUCUUCACCAUCCUCCUCAUCCGCCAUACCUGUGGUCCAGGAGGGCAUGCUGGUGGCAGAGGAAGGCAGCUCCUCUGUGGUCUUCCUGCACUCCAACCUCAACAUGCCCACCAUCACUGUGCCAACUAUCACAGUUCCCUCCAUAAAUGUAGUGGAGGGUCAGGAUGUGCCUCACACUAUUGAGGUUAUCUUAGAGGAGACCGUGUAACAAUAUGAUCAGAUGAAUGCGGGGUGAACGUGAAGAAUUUUUGUUUGUUUGUUUGUUUGAAAAAGAAAGGCAGAUACAGCAAUAGGUAUAACAAUAGGUAUGGACUUAACAAAAGUUUGUGUGGAUUUUCUGAGAGAUGUCUCAUUGAUUAGGACAUAUUUCGCUUUUGCAAUAUAGAAAUACAACAAUUUGACAUCUUUACCCUGGAGAAAAUAAAAUCACAAAGGUUUUUGCAUAUGAAUGGCAACGCUGUAAUUACGAUUUGAUCUUAUCUUUUGGUUUGAGUGUUUUAUCUGCCUUUAAUACAAAAAGUGAACCAUAAUUUGUGGUGUUUAAUUUUAAUAAAAAGCUUGAGCCUGU